AUGAGCAUUUCUCCUGAAGUAAGGCAAGAAUUGUUCAAGGCCUUAGCUAAAAAGAAGGUGCCAAUUCAGACUGCUCACAAUCGAAAAGUGACUAUAGUUGAGGAGGUUGAUAAAGACACACCUCCAAUUAAAAAGCAAGAAGAUAAUUUUAAUUUCGGAAAAAUCAAUAUAAAUGACUUGGACAUCAAUGCCACUUUUAUGUGCACAACAGAGGAUGAUGGAGUAAUACCGAAAGCUUCUAUAGUCCUGACAGAUCCUAUUGAGCAAUACUUGCAAGAGUCCCAUGCUUUAAAAUCGAUUUAUCCAGUAAUUAAUAAGUUUGGUCAAGUAGAGAGCUUGUUGGAUGGUGGCUCACAAAUUGUAUCAAUGGAUGCGGAUGUUGCUAAGAAAUUAGCAGUCCCUUGGGAUCCUGAUAUAACCAUUCAAAUGCAAGGUGCGAAGAACUGUGGAAAAGACCCUUGUCUUGCCAAAAAUGUUCCAUUUAACUUUGGAGGAAUUAUGAUUUCCCUGCAAGUGCAUGUAAUACAGGACCCAGCCUAUAAGGUACUAUUGGGCAGGCCCUUUGACGUGUUAACAGGGAGCAUGUCAUAA